CCUAAAUCGCCCAGAUGAGACCUGCCGUUGAUGGCACCUAUAUCUUCGGCUGUAGGCCACCUCACAAACCCUCUGCUCACAUCACAGCAACUCAUCCAACACAGAGAUUAUGAUUCCGAAGAUGGGCAAUCAAUUCGAUAUGCUCAAGCCCAGUUGACCAGUGUUGCCGGAAUUCUCUUGCGCCUCCCUCAAGAAGUGAUCGCGCAAGCCAUCGUCCUCCUCCAGCGAUUCCUCAUCUGCACUCGGCCUGUGGAUCGCGAGAAUUUCAGCCCUAGAUUGCAGUCCGCAGCCUCGAUCUACCUUGCCGCAAAAUCAUCUGCCACUCCAGUCUCCCCUCGAUCUAUAGUCAAUGUGUACGGCUACCUUACCUCCAAGGCUUCAUGCCUGAUCUCCCUGAAUCCAUCCGGUGCACCGGAUCAACCAGACCCGACCGAGUAUAUUGUGUCAGAGGGGACAUAUGAGAAAGAACGACAGCGACUGUUUGUCUGCGAGAGUACAAUCCUCGCUGGUUUGGGUUUCGAUACACACGUUGCUUUACCUCAUGGCCUAGCAUUGACAUAUCUACAGGCGCUUGGAGCGUCUACUCCUACCUUGUGUCGAAGGGUCUUUGAGCAUCUGAACGGAGGACUUCUCUCUCCGCAAUGGCUGUACCUAACUCAUCAACCAAAUGCACUGGCUGUCGCGGCGAUAUAUCUGGCUGCGCGUGAGAUCGACGUCAAGCUUGUCGAAGUCAAUUGGUGGGAGGUCUUUGAUGUUGAUCGAGAGGAUCUCGGGUUUCUUGUCCUGGCUUUUGGAAGCUUGGAGAACUUUGCCGCCGUUGAACGUGAGAAGUGGGAGGGCAAGGCUUUGUCGUUGGAUUGAUUGCCAUUGGGAGGGCGUGAUCAUUUUGCCCACCAUCUCCUCAUCGCAAGUCAACACACGGCCGGCUUGUUCGACCAAUCUUUGACUUCGACACAGUCAACCACGCAACAACAUCUCACGCCAACGGGACGGCAAAUUGGUAUUAACAGAGCCGACCAACAGGCAGACACCAGAUGCGGCUGCAGAAAGCCGAUUGUACUUCUGAUCGCGAUCUCAUGAUGACAUCGGUCAAGCUGGAAGCAUGACUUACUCACUUCCCAUGGACGAUAUUCCCAGGCUCUAGACUUUCACAUCUAGAAUUCCCGUCUCUAGAGGGUGAGCAAACGCAAUUCCAACUCCGACAGAAGAUGAUGUGGCAUAUUACCGAGACCACUCGCUCCUUGUGACCGGCAGACUCGAUCAAUUAAAAUGUGGUCUUGUCGCCAAUGCAUCUGAAUGAUGACAAAGUAUCGCGGAAAAUGCAUUACCAUCACUCCACUCACUUCGGGGUCAGAUACCCGAUAGUGCACCAUUUCCGAGCGAGUAACCACCAUUAUCCUAGAUGAAGCGGAUAGAUGGACAACUCUACCCAGAAUUCGUUGUGGUUCACUCGGGCAUCACAGUGUGCUAGGUAUUAGCCUCUAUGCGCAUCUGUUAGACUCGGUACCCGGCAUUCUUGUAACGAAUCGAACGCGACUGGAGAUCCCGUUCCCCGCAUUCCGUCCGAUUGUCAAACCGAUAACGGCAUCGUGCGUCGCCUUAUGCACGCCUGGUCACGCGAUUCGGCUUAUAAUAUAGUACGCAUACACGCAGACGAAUGCCCCUUGGCUGCUCUCGUAUACCCCGGUCCGAAUGACCUAUCGAAUUCCAUGUUGCCGAUCCUCACGGAGACAUGAGACCAAUCAUAGUUCUGUCAACCUAUCUUCGGAAUACAAUGUCUGCGGAUCGAACCGACACUCUUGACGCCGAACCACGUACUACGUGUGCGGUCUUCGGAACAUAUUUUCGCGCCAUCGUAUGCGAGUCUCUGAUGCUGGGGUAGGCCCCGGGGACCCCAGAGGUUUUCACACGCAUGGACAAAGUGCAAUGCUGAUCGAGGUGUCACGACGUGGAAUGGCCCAUCCUCAGGCCAUUGUGUCUAUCUUUCUGUUAUCCAAUUCUGUCUAUGCCUUCUAGAUUCUAGGCCAUAGACAUAGACAGAAUCCCUCAAAAUUGCGAUACACCCUUUCAAGGCACCCGCAUCCGCGUCUUUCAAGUCCAGCUUCGCCCGUUCGACGUCGUUAGCCCUACAGCACUAGUAACCCCAGGUGAUGAAGGCCAAAUACUACCUGCGGCCUCGUUGCCUAGCCCCAUGCCCCCUUCAAACGGUCCGUCACUGUAGCCCAGGAAGAGCUCAGGACAUUGAUUGGUGUCGAGAAGGUCAAAGUCUGCUGAUAACAGAGGGAAAGGAUAUAGCGAUUCAAAACAAGCUGCUGCGGCGGCGGCUGUGUCGAGGUCCAUGUUUUCACCGUAGGUGUUAUUAUCACCCACCGCCAGAGUUGUGGCCGUCGUUGUCGUCGUCGUCGUCGUACACUGCGGCUGCGAGUUUCCUGGUCCGAUUUCCAUAGAUCCUUCGAGAGUAGAAGUAUG